GGUGUGGUUGAGUCCGUCACUGCUCCGAUUGUUUCCUUUUGUGUUUUGCCAGAUGCGUGCAGUCGCUAUCAACAAAUGACACGGAUGACGCAAAAUCGACACGAAGCGGUUCAUUUCUUGUACAGUUGCAAUUUUUGAACUGGGGUUCAACGAUGUUCGAGAAAACAUUUAAGGACUUUAACAUUAAUUUUAACGCUCUGAAUGAGAGCAACACUUUUUCCAGUGGAGAGUUGGUGACGGGACAGGUUUCCUUCGAGCUCUCCAAGUUGACAAAGAUUAGAGCAAUCACAAUAUGUUUGAAAGGAAAGGCAGACGUCCACUGGUCUUCCGGAAGUGGGAAAAAGAAAAGGACAUACUAUGCAAAGAUUGACUUGCUUAAUCUAAAAAGCGUGAUUUUGCAAGAAGGAGCUGUUGGGAGAGAGACCAUUGUUCCUCCUGGCAGGCAUGUGUAUCCAUUUUCAUGUCAGCUGCCACACGGAAACUUUCCAUCCAGCUUCCGUGGGCCACAUGGACAAGUGCUCUACAACCUGACAGUGGCUAUUGACAGACCAUGGCAUAUAACAAAGGAUUUUGUGACACAGAUGAACUUUGUGCACCAUGUCGCUUCCAACCAGCCAGAGCUAAUGGCUUCACUCUCAGGCUCGAACAGCAUGAGCGUGUGCUCCCUUAGUUGUACCUCCGGUCAAAUCACAAUGACUGCCAGCAUUGAGAAAAAAGGCUUUUUGCGAGGUGAAACCAUCCGGAUCUUUUGCGACUUUGGCAACGCUUCAUCUCGUACGGUGACUCCUAAGGCCAAGCUGAAGCAAAAGCAGAAAUACUUCUCGCGCGAAGGGAUCCAAAGAAGAUUAUUUGUGAAAAACUUGAACUCUGUGACUGGGCUGCCCAUCAGUGCUCACUCCUCAGAAACAAACGCUGAGAUGCUGCUCAACAUUCCGGCUGAUUCGACUCUCACCAUCUCCAACUGCAGCCUCCUGCAGGUUCACUACGAAAUUGAGCUGAGCCUUUGUCUAAGAGCUUCCCCGAACCUCAUCAUGCUGUUUCCCAUCGUCCUUUGUGACCUCCCUUUACAUCCACAUUAUUUAGGCUAACCUUUGGAAGUGCUUUUGAGUUCAUCGUAGAGUGAUUUUGCGGUAUAGUCACACACAGUCUGCCUCAAUGCUCUCUCUCACGAAUCGAUACUUCUUCUUCUUGGUUAUAAACUAUGCAGUUUUAUUGAACAAAGAGUGCUUUGGGACCACCUCGAGUGUUUGUUUUUCAAUAUUUUGUUUACAUAUAUACUGUAACACUUUUCACAUUUGUAUUUGUACAGCCAAAAUGUGAGGUAUGUAUCUCAUAGAAUGAGUCAAAGAAAGAAAAAAAAUUGUGCUUCAUCCUAUGUUCUUUUAUUUCAAUAACAAUGUUAACGUGUCAAACCUUUGUAUGCAAUUUCGGCUGUUUGAUAUACAAGGCAGACCCUGCAUGAAUCGAUUAUUUAGCAUAAAUGAAGAAAUACUAUCUAUCCUCAGCCUUAAUAUGGAGCUUAUUCAUGAACAUGAUGCAUUUAACUGCCACUUUUACAGAUUUGUAUCUUUAUUGAUUUGCAUACUAUUAAUAUGCAAAUCCAUACGAAGUUUUAUCUUAAUACUUUUGCACUCGUUACUCUCACUCGUAUCGCUGCGGCAGGGAAUUUCUAUGUAAAUGUUAUAUCGUUUUACCCAGGGAUAACCCACAAUACAUGCCUUCAACUAUUUAUGUUAGGUUUAUUUCCUAAAUAUCUCACAAACAAUGAGGAGAGAAGACGCUUCUAGUUACUUGCAAGGAGAAUUAGGAGAGCUGUAUGCUGGUCUCUCAACUACUCCAAUCAGCUCUCCCAUCAACCUCACUUUUAUUUGGUUUGAGGUCCCUAAGUUACAUAACUAAGGGGUGUGGAAAUCAGCACUUGUUUACAUGUUUUUCUUGCAGAGUCUUUGCAAGCAGACAUUAGCAGAUAAGCUAUUUUGCAUGUCCUUUCAUCAUAUCAUCUAACCGCAGAAAGGUCUUCUCCGGUGGUUUCCUCUUAUCGCCGGCUUGAGAUCAGCAGAGGCAACAAGUUUCGGCUCCUCUUUCCACAGCGAUCACAAAUGUAUAAUACAUAAAUAAAUCGUAAUAAAAUAUUACUCCGACAAUACUGUACUGUAGGAAUUUUGUACUUUGCAGUAUUAAAAACAUUUUAUUACAUCAA